UUCAAGAAGGACACAAUUCACUAAAUAUGGUUAAUAACAUGUUGGCAAUUUUACCCCUCUACAUUUUUCUGUUCACAACACCCCCCAACUUUGCGUCAGCCUGCACUUGUUCAUUGUCUCGAGAUGGAUUCACAACCCCCCAUACUCAAUCCAAUGUUAAUUUAUCCUUAAAAUGUAUAAACUGCUCCGAAAUCCCGACCUACCCCAACGCCUCGUCCAUCACUCAGCUCGACCUCGGCGGCAACCCGCUUAUUCACCUUACCCCAAGCACGUUCUCACAGAAAGGCUUCGUCUCCCUCAAGAAGAUCAAUUUGUCCAACUGUAGAAUCAUGGAUAUCGAUCAGGACACCUUUCUCGGCUUACAAAUUAUUUACCACCUCGACCUCAGCUAUAAUUCCUUGUCCUCCAUAAAUUUGAACACUAGCGCCGUGAAGACCUUGAACUUACGGGGGAAUCCGAUAAAAAAUUUGGACUUUAAUAAACACCUCUUGGACGAGAUUGACCUGAGUAAUUGUUCGCUAGAUAGAAUUCCACCAAAUCGCCCAUUCCUAUUCUCGUCUUUAAAAAAGAUAAACCUGGAUUCGAAUAAGUUAACUACGCUGCCCUGGUCAGAGGUGAGGGCGACUGAUUUGCGACAUAUCUCAUUAAAAGAAAAUCCUUGGAGGUGCGAUUGUCACAUGCACUUUUUGGAAGAAGAUCUCCACAACGUGUAUCACAUUAAUACUGAGGACGACGUGGUUUGUGAUUCACCCCCAAAAUUGAGGGGACUCGGGCUGGACUCGAUAACUAGAGAAAUAAUGGAUGAAUUGCCCUGUCCGCUUCAAAUUACGGAAAUGGCAAGAGUUAAGAUCGAGGACAGGAUCACCCUCAAUUGUUGGAUGCGGGGCAGGCCACAACCAUUGGUCCAAUGGCAUCAGGGUACAGUGGACGUGGGGAAUUUACUGCAGAGCCAACCUGCAGAACCAACAUUUUUUAUUGCGGGGGAACGUUACCAAUACAAAUGGAAAAGCACGCUUGAAAUUUUACCAAACAAUUCGGCUUACCAGGGCCCUUGGACUUUUUGGUGUACUGCGCAAAAUCAGUUUGACAUAGCAAGAGCACAAAUUACACUUACUGCACGGUUACAAUUUUAUGUUCACAUUAUGACGCCGGCAGCGGCGAAAAUAGCGAGCGUGGAAACAUUAUCGCCAAAUCAAGUCGUGUCAGCCCCACAAUCAACUCAACGUCCCAGCAUCGUCCCAUUUUUAAAAACGGAGCCCAUUCCGCCGAUCUCGAUUUCAAAUGAUUUUCUGAGCCCCACUACUGCUGACGACCCGUUUAUAAGGCAGAUGUCGAUAGUAAUUUGUACUUUGGUGGUGAUACCCUUGCUCUUCUUGGUCGCAUUGAUCGUCCUGGUGGAUUAGUGUGAAGUUAGCCUAUCCUAGAGGAUAGGAUGGGGCUAGAAAUAGCCAUCCUAGAGCCGAUUCGGCUUAUUCGGCUAUUUUCAUUCAUUUUUGUAAAAAUUCGUUUUAAAGCAUUAGCAUUACUCCGGAAGUAUUCAAAUACAUUAUCCAAUGUUUAAAAUUGAGUUUUACGAUGUUUUCCACUAAAUAUACACACCAAACCAAAAAACUUAUAUAUCUCAUCUUUCUGCUGCUCAUCGCAUAAUUUGACACCUAAGCAUUAUUUCUCGCACCUUUUGGUCCCCCAACCAU